GUUCGGUUCGUUCUUAUCUGUAGACUGCUAAAGUAUAGCUAAAGAGAGGAGAAAAAUAUAGAAAUAUACGUCUUAUCUCCCCUAACUAAGAUUUAUUAGAAGUAUCUAAAAUAUAAGAAAGAUGAUGGGGAAGAUAAAUUCUUCAAUUGUUCUACUUAUCGUCAUCUUACCGAUUGCUUUAACUACGGAUGUUAUUCAUUCUCAGUUACCUGAACCUAUUCAAAAUUUCGUUGAGUACGAUAAUAGGAUAUUCGUUGGAGCUGGAAGCAAAUUGUACAAGUUAUAUUUCAACUUGACAAUAGAAGAAUCUGUUCGAUUAACUGAAGAGUCUGAAUGUUCUAAUGAGAAGAAAGUUCAAGUAUUAGAACUCUUUAAUAACCGAUUACUAGUCUGUACAACCCAGAGAUGCGGAUUGUGUUCAUUCUAUGAUUUUUCUCUAAAUCUCUUACAACACUUGUCGGAUAAGAAGAGAGAUCGCUGGCAAAUAUUAUCUGGCAAGAAAUCAACUCAAAUCAUUACAGAGAGUGAAGAAGAUAACAAAAUAGUUGUGAUGAAAUCAUUAGAGAGUACCAAAAGUCUUUCUCUUCCUUAUUUAAGUUAUCUUGAAUUAAAAGAUGGACAUUUUUCUCAAAUAUCAUCAAUUCAAUUGAAAACUGAUACUAAUCUCUCUAAAUCUUUCCCUGAAAUUGAUGUGAUUACCAGUUAUGAAUAUAAAGGACAAAUGUUUUUCGUAAUAGUAGUUACUGACAAUAACGGUGAAGUUUUCACUAAAGUUGUCCGCUGGUGUCAAAAUAUGGGAAUUGCAGGAUAUACGGAAAUUAUUGUCACCUGUAGCGGAAAAAUCUCAACGCCAACAACAACUAGUAACGUUGUCUAUAAUAAAGCAGUUUCGGCGUUUUUUGGUAAAGUUGCUAGUGAAGACGAGAAAGCUAUCUUCCUAACAAUGACUGAAUUUAAACGAUUUAGUAAUCCAGUAGUAUUGAAAUCAUAUUCGAUAUGCGCUUUUCGGAUGGAGGAAAUUCGAGAAAAGAUGACAAAUGUUCAAUCAAAUUGCUAUAGGAAUGGAGUAUUAUCCACUAGGCCUUAUUGGUUAGUCGGUGUUGAUUAUGAAACUUGUCAAAGUACUAUGGAUCAACAAAAAAUCCUUAGUGAUAUUUAUGAGCAGAGAUCUAGCUUUUGCGGACAUAAGGCGAAUGGUGGAGUUGGGCCGAAGAAACUUGAUACUGAAAUCUUACCCAUGAAGAUAGGAAAAUCUCAAACUCAAAUCACUUCAAGAUUUCCUCCAAUAGUUGCUUCUUAUAAUUAUGAAUUGAAGACUUUAGCUAUAGUUGUAACAAUUGAGGGAGAAAUUUAUAGGAUUCUUUGUGAUUUUAGGAAAAAAGCUUACGGUACAGCCUUAAUGAUGAGUAGCAUGGCUGAAACAUCUACAUUGCAACCUUAUUUUUCCGGUAUUAUCAUCGAUAGUAGUCAGAAAUUUGCAUUUGUCGCCGAGAGCGAUUCAUCAUCUGGCUUUGGAAGACUUAUGCGUUUUAAGACUACCUCUUGUAAUACCGAAACAAAUAGAAACAGUUGUCAAAACUGUCUUAGCGACCCUAUAUGCGGUUGGUGUGGAACAAGAUGCAGUACGGAAAAAUCAUGUACAAAUGGGCAGUGGAGUAGUCAAACUUGCCAACCAGUAAUAAAUGAGGUUUCACCUUUGGAUGGUCCUAUAAGUGGAGGUACAAUUUUAACAUUGAAAGGUUCCUUCACUUCGAAGCAUGAUACUCAUGAUAUUAAAAUUUUUAUUGGAGAUGUGCCUUGUAAGGUCGUUAGUGUAAAUAGAAGAACGAUUAAUUGUAAAACUCCUAAAACGCCUUCUCCAUUUGCCGGUCAAAUUCUUUUAAGUCUAAACGAAGGAGACGAUAAUCCAUCCUCUCUCGUUUCCGGUUCUGCAAAAUAUCAUGAAAAGUUCCAAUACAAGAGAUUGGACAUUAUCUCUAUCAAGCCAAAUGCUUCUUCAAUUGCUCAUUCAAAUGAUAAGAAUAUUCAAAUAGAGACCAAUAUUCAGGGAAGCGAUAGACGGAUACAAAUAUGCGAUGAGGAAUGUAAAAUACAAAUGAUUAACAAUGAGAUGUUAACAUGUAAAAUUCCUCCAAUUAAGGCGAUAACCAAGUGUAAUGUUAAAUUAAUUGUUGAUGAUGGUUUAGUCAAUAGAAAAGAUGGAUUUUCGUACGUAAAAGAGCCAGUUAUUUUUGGAGUAAAACCGAAUAUAACAGCGUCAAAUAUUGUCUUUCCUUUUCAACUUUUGGGGAAUAAUCUUAACUAUUUAGGUGAUAAUAUAAGUUUAAUUACAUCUGUGAAUGAUCAAAAGUUAAUAUCGAUAUGUGAAAAAGCAUCUUUGGAUGGUACCUCAAUUGAAUGUUUUAACUCUAAAUUAGAUGUAACUGAUGAAACUGACGCUGUUAUCUACGUAAAAGAGAUUCCCAUUAAUUUGAUUAUUAAAGAUAGCUUAAAGAUUACUUAUCAAACAUUUCCAAAAUUUAAGAAGCCACAAUUUAAAGAUAACAAAAUUGUCUUCUCAUUCGACAAUUCAGAAUUACCUAUGUCCUAUAAAGAUAGUAUAAGAAUCUCUAUUGACGGAAGAAUAUGCCAAAAUGUUUAUAUCGCCCUAACUGAAAUGAUUUGCACCUAUCCAAAUGUUACUUCAGACGUUCCAAUACUUUUACAAAUUGGCGAUGAGAGCCAAUUAUUUUCAUCGAAGGAAACACAACUUAUAUUUUAUAAGGAAAGAUGGAAAAUUCUAUUAUAUAUUAUCGUUGGAAUUCUUGGUUUUGCUAUCUGUGCUGGUACAAUUGUUUUUAUAGUUAAGAAGAAGAAGGAUAAUAAGAGGAGAAAAUUAAAAUCGAAAGAUGAUUGCGAUUUUACUAAAGUUCCAUCAGAUGAAUAUAUAGGUAAGAUUAAUGAUUCUUUUGCCCGCCAUUGUAACUUGUUCUCUUUUAAUUAAUAGAGAUGAUUGGCUCAGUUCAAACUCUUAACCAAGAUGGAAAAAGUUUUCUUCGAAAGCCACUUUCUCAAUACGAAGUUUUUAAGAAUUCUAAUAUGCUAUUACCCGAAAAAAAUCUCAUACUUUUAGACGUUCUUGGUCAAGGACAUUUCGGAACUGUUCGCAAAGGGAUACUUGUAAAAGACGGUGAAGAAAUUCCAGUGGCGGUUAAAACUUUAACAGAGAUGGAGGAAGAAGUUCUACCGGAUAACUUGCGCAUAAAGAGAACAACAGAAUUUCUGGAGGAAGCUCUAAGAAUGAAAAACUUUCAUCAUAAGAACGUUUUAUCAUUGAUUGGAGUUUCAUUAAGUUUACAACCGAAUUUGGUACUUCCUUUCAUGGCUAAAGGGGAUUUAUUAACUUUUUUAAGGGAUCCAAUAAAUGAUCUAUGCGUUAAGAAUAUUCUAGAUUUUGCUAUCGGUAUUGCCGAUGGAAUGACUUAUUUAAGUUCUAUCAACUUUGUUCACCGCGACCUUGCCGCCAGAAAUUGUAUGUUAGAUCUUGACUUGACAAUAAAAGUUAGCGACUUUGGAUUAAGUCGAGAAGUCUGCGCCUACACUGCCUACUAUAGUCAGCAAAAGAAAGCACUUCCUGUUCGAUGGAUGGCUCCAGAAGCUUUACAAAAAGGACGAUUUACACUUGAAAGCGAUGUGUGGUCAUUUGGUGUAGUUGUGUGGGAAUUAUUUACAAGAGGAGCUGUACCAUAUGAAACAGUACAAAACUGGGAUAUAAUAGGCUUCCUUCAGAAUAAAAGGAGAUUAAGCAGACCACAAUAUUGUCCAGAACAAAUAUGGAAUGUUAUACUGGCAUGUUGGAAUGAAUUACCAGUAGAUAGGCCAAAAUUUUCCUAUUUGAAAACAAAACUUGAAAAGAAUCUCAAAGAUUUAGAAAAUCAAAGUCUAUCUGAAGAAACAAGGAACCAUCUAAGUUUGUACUCGUCUUACGGCUAUUCAGACUGGGGUAGGUUGGAUUCAAGAAUGUCUCAGGAAGAAAUUUCCGAUGCUUAUCUUGUAUGAUAAGCAAAUUAGUUUGUUCUCAAUCCCUUCUUAUAUUAUCCUUGUAUGUAACUUUUAUUGAGUCAUUUCAAAGGAUUAAAUAUGACAGGAAUAUUUUUUUUAUUAUCAAGAUUGCAAUAAUAAAUUUAUAUUUAUUUAGUAGAAUAAAAACUAUAAAUAAUGCUUAGAUAAUAGAUUUACUUCAUCUAUCGGUGCUAUGAGCAUUUUUCUAAUUUCUUCCUAAUUUAUCACUUUGUACUUGGCCACUUUAUUUUAUUAAAAUCAGUAAGUAAAUUUUCUAAAAAAGCCAACCAAUUGAACUUAGUUUGCUUUCUGAACUUUUGAACCAGCAACAACAACAGUAUUUUUUGGAGUAAAUCCACAAAAUUGUAUUUCUACACCAUCAUUUUCUAACGUCUCGUCGCAUUUAUCUUCGAGAAUAUCCCAUACUUUCACUACUGAAUCUUUUGACGCGGAAAUAAGUUUUAAACUAUCGAGUGAAAAACCUACGGUUUCUACCCAGGUUUGAUGGCCUUCAAUACUUCUUAUUAAUGAACCAGUUCUCGGAUUCCAUAAUUUCACUGUAUUAUCCCAUGAACCUGAUGCUAGCAUACCUUCUCUUGAGAACGCAAGAGCUGAUACGGUUUUAGUAUGACCUUUUAAAAGCUUUAACGAGCCAUCUUCUUCCUUUCGAUUCUUCUUUAGCGUCCACAAUCUAACAACACCAUCUGUGCAGGCAGUCGCUAACCAGGUAUCUUCAUAACUAAAUGACGAUGUCUUAACAGCUCCUUCAUGACCUUCGAGAAUUUUCAUUAAACCUCCAUCUUGAACCUUUUAUAAUUUAUUAUAAAAUUCAUGACAUAUUUAAUAUAUACUAUAAAUUUGUUUAUAUACACUUAUUCUAGUAUAAAAGUGAUUUUCCAAUCAAGUGGAGCUCUUGAUAGCUACGAAGCUUCUUACUUUAUUUACUCUACCACCUAAGGAGGAGUAUUAUAUACCUCAGGCCUACAAUUUUCAAUUGAAUUAUUUCUCCAAGCCUUUUAGAAUAAAUAUACAAGAAAUUUUUAGAAAUUACUUAAUUAUUGACUGAUUACAUGCUAUAUGAAAGAAGAAAGAUAGGAAUCGCUACCUUCCAUAUCAUUGCAGAUCUAUCAAAAGAUGUUGUGGCUAAUAAGGCUGAAUUUGAUGAAAACGUAACACUUUCGACGCUUUUUCGAUGGCCUUCUAGAGUAUAUAAUAAGCUAGCAUCUCUAGUCCUCCAUAUAAUGGCGGUUGAGUCCUGUGAACAACUAGCUAUGUAUUUAGAAUCUGGUGAAACGGCGACACUUUUUAUCCAAGAAGUAUGACCACUUAACAGAGUGACUAGCUUUUUUGUUGCUGCGUUGAAGAUCCUAACGUUAGUAUCGUCCGAUCCUGUUAGAAAGAUAUGGAAAUCUGUUGAAAAGGCAACACAAGUAACUUCAUCUUCAUGUUCAGAAAAUUCGGAAAUGUUAAUAUUCGUAUAUAAUCCCUUUUCCAUACUGAAUGACUAUUGAUCAAAAAAAAACUCGUUGGUAUUGCUUAGAUACAAUAGGCCUAGUUCAUUUUGCCAAAGACUUGUAAAUUAAUAGCAUAUAUCCUAUAGUUUGCAGUCAGGAUUGGCAAUUGCUUUCAUACGGAUAUUAGUGUCAAACUUAAACAAUUUACCACUUUUCAAACAACGUUUAUUUUGUCAUCCGUGCCAAAAAGUUUGCAAAUAUAUCUAUAUACUUAAACUUGAUAAUGAUAAUUGAUAUGCUAAUAAAGAAAAGUAUAAAUGAAAGAAUUGUUUUUUCUUUUAAAAAAAUUCAGUUUUAUUGUCAUACUUCGC